AUUGGCGGACUUGAAGGUUUGACGCGUUGAUGUCACGGAAGUUGUUUCCCCGCGUCCGCGAGGAAGAAAAUUUGGCGCCAGACGUGGAGCGGAAAGGACUAGGAAGAGCGCGCGCAGCCAAGCGAGAGAGAAAGCAAGUCGGUUGUUCUGUUGCGUCCCAUCAUCUGUACACCAAGAAGAUGACCACGAAGCUCACAGAGGGGGCCAUCGAGGCUCUGACCAAGGGCAACACAGUGAACAAUGCAGUGCUCCAGGUUGUGAACAUACGUAAAAUUGAAAGUGGCAGUGGGCCAGCCCGAUUUCGUCUAAUGAUGAGUGAUGGCCUGCAUACAAUGUCUGCUUUCAUGCUGUCCACUCAGCUGAAUCCAAUGGCUGAGCAGAAUUUGGUGGCACCCAACUGUGUAUGCCUCAUAAAAAAGAAUGUGACGAAUGUCCUGAAGGAUGGGAGACGUGUCGUAAUCAUCCUGGACAUGGAGGUCUUGAGACCAGCUGAGGAGGUUCCUGGAAAGAUUGGCGAUCCCACACCAUAUGUAGAAGGUCAGACAAAGGUGGCUCCAGCCCCCCCCAGUGCUCCAUCUCGUACUCUGCAGCCACAGAAUGGACACAGUAUACCUGUGAGUAAGGGGCCCAGUCGAGACUUUGCAAAGAAGGCCCCAUCAACCCCCGGGGGUUCAUCCAAGGUCGUCCCCAUCGCCAGCCUCAACCCCUACCAGUCCAAGUGGACCGUCCGUGCACGUGUCACCAACAAGAGUGGUAUCCGUACUUGGAGUAACUCUCGCGGUGAUGGCAAGCUCUUCUCUAUGGAGAUUGUAGAUGAGAGUGGAGAGAUAAGAGUGACUGGUUUUAACCAGGAAGUGGACAAAUUCUUCAGCCUCAUUGAGCCUGGUAAGGUGUACUACAUCUCCAAGGGUACCUUGAAGAUUGCUAACAAGCAGUACACAUCUCUGAAGAAUGAUUAUGAAAUGACCCUCAAUGGUGAAUCCACCAUCAUCCCUUGUGAGGACACUCAGGACGUACCCAUGGUGCAGUGCAACUUUGUGUCCAUCAGUGACCUCGAGACACGUGACAAAGAUGCCAUAGUGGGUGAGGCUUCUCAUUUUUUGCUAGAUGUGAUUGGUGUCUGUCGGAGUGUAGAGGAUAUCACUCGCAUCACAACCAAGUCCAGCCGUGAGGUCUCCAAACGCACUCUCAGCCUGAUGGACAUGUCUGGAAAAGUUAUCACAGUCACUCUAUGGGGCGAAGAGGCGGAGAAAUUUGACGGCACGGGGCAGCCCAUCAUGGCAAUCAAAGGAGCACGGCUUUCUGACUUCGGGGGACGCUCUCUUUCCGCUCUCUUCAGCAGCACUGUGAUGAUUAACCCUGACAUCCCUGAGGCCUACAAGCUGAGAGGAUGGUAUGACAAAGAGGGCCAUGCACUGGAUGGGCAGUCUAUGACAGAGCUGAAGUCAGGGGGUGGUGGAGGGGUGAACACCAACUGGAAAACCCUGAUGGAUGUCAAGAUGGAGCACCUGGGGCAUGGUGACAAGGCUGAUUACUUCAGCUGUGUGGCCACUAUUGUCUACCUGAAGAAGGAGAACUCUCUCUAUCAGGCCUGCCCUUCCCAGGACUGCAACAAGAAGGUGGUGGACCAGCACAAUGGCAUGUUCCGCUGUGAGAAGUGUGACAAGGAGUUUCCCAACUUUAAGUACCGUCUCAUCCUGUCUGCCAAUAUUGCAGACUUUGGGGAUAACCAGUGGGUGACCUGCUUCCAGGAGAGUGCAGAGACCAUUCUGGGCCAGAACGCAGCCUACUUGGGUCAGCUUAAGGACUCGAAUGAGGCGGCCUUUGAAGAGGUCUUCCAACAGGCCAACUUUAAAACAUACAUAUUUCGCAAUAGAGUCAAGUUGGAGACUUACAAUGACGAGUCAAGAAUUAAGGCAACGGUGAUGGACGUCAAGCCUGUGGAUCACAAGGAGUACAGCAAGAGACUCAUCAUGAACAUCAGGAAGUUGUCUGCGCAGUAGGAGUGGCCCCCUCUGCUGUUAUUUUAGCGUGGGGGUGGAACAGCAAUCAAGCUAAUUUUUUUCUUUUCUUUUUUUUUUUUUUCCUGAACUUGUUCUAAACAACCUCUGUCAUUCAUAUAAUACAUAUAUUUUGUCUGCUUAUGUUCUGUAUGUUAACUAUAUUUUUGGCUGAACUCCACACUCUUUAGGAACCCAUUUCCAGCCGUGGUGUACUGGUUGGUCAAAUAGUGUGGAUUUGUAACAAAUUAGAAGUAAGGAGUGAGAUAUGUGAUAAGGGGUGGUGAGGGUGCCUGUGCAUUCUUUUAUGCUUAAAUGAAUGCAAGGAGUGUUGUGCAUUUUGUUUGUAUCCAUAGCACUCUGACACCUCCCUGCUUCCCCAUAACUGCCUCGGUCAUAACAUCAUAUACCGUAUUAUGUUUUUCCUUUCACCUUUUAGGCAAGUGUUGUAUUUAUGUAGAUAAAUUUUUCCAGCCAUUUUUUUGUUAUCUUGCAAUUUUUGUUGGUCUGGUUAUGAAAAUAAAGCUCUCAUUA